AUGUUCCAUCCUAAUCCCACGAUAAGUUUUGCACUCUUUCUCCUCACACUUUCAUUGUCCUUUCAGGGUGCUGUUGGGCACGUUAUCCUGAAAACCCCAAAGCCGUUUCUCUUCGCGGCCUAUGGUCCCAGCAAUCCUAUCUCGCCAGAUGGGUCAGACUUCCCGUGCAAAAUGCCACCUGGGACCACCAAACUCGAGAUCGACGGCAGUCUUACGGAGAUGACCAUCGGCCAAGAACAACAAGCCUCCUUUACAGGACUAGCUGUUCAUGGUGGAGGUAGUUGUCAAUUUGCUCUCACUCCCAGCUUUAUGCCCAACAAAACAUCCGCAUGGUCUGUGAUUGAGUCAAUCGAAGGCGGAUGCCCGGCCAUCAACAAAACAGGCAAUUUGGAAGACCCCGAUACACCCAGCACAUAUACCUUCACGAUCCCGGUAGGCAUUGCCCCAGGCGAGUACACAUUUGCGUGGACGUGGGUGAACCGCAUCGCUGGCUCGCCCGAAUUCUACAUGAACUGUGCACCGAUCGUGGUCAAGUCUGACGGGCCUAAGAGCCGUCGGGACCUACAGCGUCGAGCGCAAAUUGAGAAGCGUGCGCAAUUUCCUGAUCUCUUCCUGGCAAACAUCGGGGAUGCGAGCAAGGGGUGUACGACUACUGAAGCCCACUAUGUACAGGCUGCUAUUGCAUUCCCGCAUCCUGGGAGUAAUAUUGUUCAUCCUAAUGGCGACCCGUCUGGCUCAGGCCUCUCCCAGUUGUUUCAUCAGGUGUGCGAUGGCAAUCCUAGGAAUAGCGGGAGCGGGUUACAGCCAGAUCCAUCGACACCAAUCCCUUCAGCACCAGUACCUUCGGUGUCAUGCGUUCCGGUCUUGAGUUCAACCCAGGUUACCUCACCUACGACUUCGCCAGCCCAUGUUACCAGCUCGGCUGCGUCGGUCACGGCUUCUGGCUCAGCACCAGCGGCUUCUCCGAGCGGGAAAUGUGGGGAGGGUCAUCUGCUUUGUGUCAAUGGCAACGAAUUCUCUACCUGCACGGGUGGAACCUGGACGGCUCCGCAACCACUUGGCUCUGGAACGCAUUGCACCGGUGGCGAGGGUGUCGGAUUGACUAUAAUUAAGUCGUGA